AUGACUAAUGUUGAUAGGGGACGUGCAGUUCCCAGAAAUGUUUUAACUGUUGUUACGAGCAUUAAUCCAUCGGGUCUCUAUCAGUUAGGAAACAAGGAAAGUCUUCUCGAUCGAUUUUAUGCUCGUAGUGAAUUAACAAAUUCUACAGUAACUUUAUUAACAUUCAGAACGCACCUUCAACUUUAUUAUCAUUUCGCUCAGCAUCCAUCUGAACAUCUGGAAAAACUUCUAGAAUUUGUUCAAGACAAUCUUCAAACUUCUGAAACAGAUGGUAUAGGGAAGAAUUUAACAACAAUCCCAGUUAUUAAAAAAAUUCUCAUAACUGUAUGGUAUCUUGCCAAUCAAGAAAGUUAUAGACAAAUUGCAGACAGAUUUCGGGUAUGGAAAAGUACUGCUCAUUAUAUAAUUUCUGCUACUAUUAAGGCAAUUGCAUCACAUCAGCACGAUUUCAUACAAUGGCCAGAAUCUCAUCAAUACAAGUCAAUUGCAAAUGAUUUUGAAUCAAAAAGACACUUUCCAGGAGUUAUAGGUGCCAUAGAUGGUACAUAUAUACACUGCAAACCUCCAAUGAAUGGUAGGAAUGCUUUUGUCAAUUGCAAAGGUGAUCCAUUGAUUAUUCUCCAAGCAAUCUGCAAUUCAAAUAAAGUAUUUUUGGAUAUAUUUGCAGAUCGAGCAGGUUCUACACGUGAUGCUCGUGUAUUUCACACCAGUCCUCUUGGUCAAAGAUUAGCAAAUGAUCCUAACUUUAUACCCUCAGAUUACCAUUUACUUGGUGAUUCUGCUUAUCCAUGUACAGUUAAUUUAUUGACACCUUUUAGAGACAAUGGUCAUUUAUCUCCACAAGAAAAACAUUACAAUUAUGUACACAGCUCAACGCGUGUAGUUAUUGAACAAGCAUUUGGUAUUUUAAAGGCAAAAUUUCGCAGACUUAAAUAUAUAGACAAAACACGCAUCGACUUAGUCCCUAAUGUUGUUAUUGCAUGCUGUUGUUUGCAUAAUUUAAUAUUAAAUACAGAUGGGAGCAUCUGUGAGUGUGAUAUUGAGGAGGAGGAGGAUGAUGAUGAUGAUGAUGAUGAUAAAGAUAAAUCUUAUCAAAUUAUGAAUGAUGAUUCAGUUUCAGGAAAAUCAAAAAGAAAUGAAAUAAUGAGACUGAUAAUAUAGAAAGUAUUGUACAGUACAUGAAAUAAUGCAUUGAAUUUAAUACUUGUACAAAGUUGUAGAAUUAUGGUUUUCUUUAAAGUUUUGUAAAAUAAAAUUAUUAUUGUAGUAAUAAACUGUUUUAAAAAUUAUACAGCAUGUAAAUUCAUUGUAUAUUAUAGCAGUUAUAAUAGCAGUUAUACAUAUAUACAUAAAAAAUGAAUACUCCAUUAGAUUUUAUCUAAUGGACACCUUGUCAUGUAUUUCUCUUUGUAAAAUACUGAACCUAACAAAUUUGAUGUACCAAUUGACUGGUUGAUUAUGAUUGACUUGUUGGUCACCUGUUAUUAACAUAAGUUUUAUUUUAAAGUAUAAAAAUGUUUUAAAAAGUAAACAAUAUAUAUGUAGAACAAUUUUUAUUUGUUUCCAAGCAAAAACAUUUUAUUUAUUUUAAUUUUUCUUCUAAUAUAUUAACUAGUUUUGUUAAUAUGUCAGUUCUUUUCCUGUUUUCGUUAAUAUUCUCUUGCAAGACUU